GAGUAUUAACUCACGAAGUGUGACAGCUGCUCUCUUAUUUAAUGGGGGUCUCUGGUCAGAAGGAGUCAAAAGUGUCUCCAAGACAGCAGAGGCAUGGCAGAGGAGCUGGGGCUGGGCUUUGGGGAAGCAGCCAGAGUGGAAAUGCUGCCGCUGCCAGAAGGCUGCAGACCGGAGGCCAGGGCCAGGCUAGCCGCCAGGAUCAAGGCGUGCUUAACUGUCACCUGCUGCCUGCUGUCAUUUCUCAUCCUCACAGGACUUAGCACCUUCCUGAUGGUUGGGCAGCUCCAGGCCCGUGGAAAAGACUGUAAGCUGAGGGCUAUACCAGAACAAAAGUCGGAACCUUCAGCACAGCCAGUUUACACACCUUCCAGAGCCAAGCCAAGGGCACACCUGACAAUUCUGAGACAAACUUCAGCGCCACCUCUACAAAAUCAGUUCACCGCUCUACAAUGGGAGCAUGAGCUAGGGCUGGCCUUCACCAAGAACCGGAUGAACUACACCAACAAAUUCCUGGUGAUCCCAGAGUCAGGAGACUAUUUCAUUUACUCCCAGAUCUCAUUUCGGCGGACCACAUCUGAGUGUGGUGCCAUCAGCCAACGGAGACGACCAAACAAGCCAGAAUCCAUCACCGUGGUCAUCACCAAGAUGACAGACAGCUACCCUGAGCCUGCCCACCUCAUCACAGGGACCAAGUCUGUGUGUGAAAUAAGCAGCAGCUGGUUUCAGCCCCUCUACCUUGGGGCCAUGUUCUCCUUGGAAGAAGGGGAUAGGCUGAUGGUAAAUGUCAGUGAUAUCUCUUUGGUGGAUUACACUAAAGAAGAUAAAACUUUCUUUGGAGCCUUCUUGCUAUAAGAGAAAAACAACCAUCAUUAUGUGGGACUCCUCUGUCUCCUACUUCUCAAUUUUCUGUGCUCAUAUGGAACUAUAAGCAGGGGUUUAGAGGGAUCAGGGAUAGGAGACCUGUGCCUCCAUGCUUUCAUUUCCUUGGUGUAAAUCACAACAAUACUAACAGGAGCGGGGGACUGGCCAUGCUCCUUUAGCUGACGUGACUGUGACUGGUCUAUAAAUCAGAAAUUCAUUCACUUUCCAGAAACAAAUGAGGCCACUGGAAGAAGCCAUAUCAACUUCUGUGCAUCCUGUACUGUCUGGCCUAGUCAGUAACCUUUAUAAGAUCAAUAAUAUCUCCACAGGGAUGCUUGGCUCAAUGAUCAAACCUAGCAUCCCACCAGGAGACUACAUCUUGGAUGUGGAAUGGCCAAGUACUCCCAGCACCACAGUCUCUAUUAGAAAUGCCUGUGUCAUGGCUGAUGCCGCAGAGAAGGGUGGUGGCGCACUUGGCAUCAUCACUGAACAGGCUAUCUGCUAGGAGAACCUAGAAGCAGAGCUGGGCAGUGUGCCUCUCAUACAUUGCCUGGUAGAGCACCACUAUCGAAAUUUGUCGAGUCGUAGUUUAUUAUGAAAUUUCUCUCUGCUGCCUACGGACCCAGGUUGUGCACUGUCUAGCUUUUGCUAAGCCAGCUUACAUUGGCCCCGUUCUGGUCUUCAGCUUCUUGAAAUAGCACAGUAAGAGCACAGGAAAAGGGGAGGUCACCUCCCUUUGGUUCUUUAGAGAGGAAAUCACAUGUGGAAGAAGCUAGGCAGCCAGAGAUCACCUGGAGGAAAGGGUGUCCCAGAAGAAAGACUUAUUUUUUUUGCUUAGGUCUAAAAUGAGCUUGGUAAAAAGGUAUUCUCCUUACUGAACCUUAGAGUAAUGUUUAUUGGUCAAUUGAAGAUGGUUCGCUAAUGACUCCAGUCUGACUCCAGGGUCAGAAAAGAGACUACAAUGCUCUCUCUGCAUCUAUCUCCAUUGGUGCAUGAAAGCACUAAGCAACACAGAAUUAUGGAAAGGGACUUUCACAAAAGCAGCCAGAGAAACCUGCUCAACUUCUCUGGUAAGCCCAAGAUUUGUGUCAAGGGGUUUCAAAACUGCCCAGGAGUAAUCUGGAUGGCUUGCAAGCUUAUCCAAGGCAGGAAGCUCCUGAUGUCCAAAGACAUUUGAGGCUUCAUUCCUACCAUGUAUUCACCCCUGUUUAUUGAAGAUUAGAACUUAUUUUUUUCUGUUGAUUUUGUUAAGUUCUUAAUAUAUAUGUAUAUAUACCAUGCAUAUAUAUCCAGGAAGGCAUCAUCAAACAUCGCUGAUGAGACUCAGAUCAAAUGAGCUUUUUAAACAUGUGAGGAAAUCAGGUGUGAUGGCACACAUCUGUAUUCCCAGCACAUGGAAGGCUGAGCUAGGAGGCUUGCCCUAAGUUUGAGCACACCCUGGGAUAAAUAGCAAUCUUCAGGCAAGCCCUGGCUACACAACAAGUCCUUGUCUUAAAAAAAAAAGAAAGAAAAGAAAAAAAGAAAAAAACAGGCUGCUCCUUAAAGAUAAUAUAUUCAAGGAUUAGGGAGAGGGGGUGUGUUUUGGAAAAUAGUUGAUUUAGUGAGAAAUGCUUUGCUGGUUAAAUUGAUCUCAAAAGGCUGCUCAAAUUGAUCCCGUAAUCAUUUACUUAGUAUUUACUUGUCCUGAGGACAGAAAAAUAAAUUAUUUUAUUCUAGAUCCACUUGUUCUAAUAGAUUGGCAUCUCCAUUGUCUGUGGAGCUUUUAAUCACUCUGUUUGUAUUAGCUAAUUAAUUAGCUAACUUGAAACAGAUUGAUAUUUUCUUAUUAUGAACAUGGGUGCCAUUUGAUGAAAGACGGUCAUUAACAAAAUGAUUCGUAUUUCCUCGUAAGUGUGUUUUUUCAAUAGCUAUGCAAGGGCAGUGCCCAUAAAUAAAUAAGUGAGAGGGAAAUGUAAGGAUACAAUUUCCUGUGGUGAAACCAGCACUCAAACAAUAUACACAAAGAAGUUUGGGUUUUGUUGUUGUUGUUGUUUAACUCUCCUCAAAUUUUAACAGGAACACCUUUGAAAUUUUUAGAACUUUAUGGAUGUCCUAGAGGUGCUUUGAUAAGCCUAAGUUCCCAGCAAAAGCCAAAACCAGCAUGCAGAGUGGGUAACUUGAAUUUUGCCCUUCGCUGGUUUUAGAUUUGUUUCUCAGAACAUGAUUCCUAGGUUGUAAUCUCUGAGGCGGGUUUCUUUACUUACUUUGGUGCAGUGAGAAAAAAGGGAAAGUGUACUUUCACCACUUCAUUUCUUGGUGCGUAUCAGCAGGGCAUGCCAGAGUGCUUGGACCCAUUUCAGUGCAAGCUACGUCACCCCCCAAGGAAAUUCCAAGUCUGUGCCUGUCAGUAACUCCUCCGGAUUACGGAAGUCCACGAGUCCACUGCGCACAAGGCACAGCCAUUGCCAGCACUCUCUUGGAUGGUAUUUCUCUCAAGUUCUUACUCAAUCAGGUUUCCAUAAUUGUGACACUGGGGAUUAAUUGCUAGAGCAGGUUUGUUUAUAGUCUGUUCCUUGCAAAAUACAUGCAGAUAUGUUUAUGGCCUCAAAAUCCCCUGGUUUUUUGCUUUUUUUUUUUUAAGGGCUUAGAGUCCUGGGAGUGUUUUGAUGUUUUCAGUAAUAUUUUAAGCUGGCAUUAUUAUCCUGAAUCUUAGCAGUGUUAUAACACAUUGGCUGCUAGCCUUUGGGGAAUUAGUGAGCCCAUUAGCAGUGGUGACAGUAUUAGAUCAGAGUAGCUACAUUCAUGCUUUGCCUAUUCUAUCACAGUUAAAACUUCCUUAGUUCUGUGACACAUUUGUCUCCACCUCUUCCAUCUAUCCAUCUUAAUGAGACUCAGAAGUCCAACCUUCAUUUACUUCUCUACUACACAAUGUGUUCACGCAAUAGCCAGAACUCUACUCUUGGCAAGUGGCAUUCAACUUGAAGCAACUAGAGGAGAAUUUGAGGAAAGACAAGAGAAGUAUCUUUGACCACCUACGGGACAAUGUAGAAGGACAAGGAAAGGGCCUACACAUGGUGGUCAAAUCUCCACCUUCUUCCCUAAUCCAAUUUUCUGCCCCCAAACAGAUUUAUUUUCUUGUAGUUAUUGCUAGUUCUCUGGAGAGAGUCAAGCAAAAAGAGAGUUUUGUAGAUGCUAUUGCAUUAUGGAGGUCAGGGAAGGGAUUAAACAAAAAGGGUUCCUUUUCCAAAUCUAUGGCCAUGUGGCCACUCUUUGGUGGACUUCUAUUUGAUCAUGACAAGCAUGAGAGCCCUGCCAAGAGUUCAGUGAUUUCCAAUGAACUAGAGAAAGCUCUUUUCCCAUCAACUCUAGGAUCUUGACCAGUAGAGAAAAUGUCAUGGGAUUUUUAGAGCUGAUAGGAGCUGAAGUUUAUCUAUCCAAACUUACGUCACUUCAAGAAUGAGGAGAGACAGGGUAGAAGAUGGGACAUACGAGGUGCAGCAUUGGGCAGUAGCUCGGCAGUGCUGAGACUAAACUGUACUUCCUGUCCCCUGAUAUCAUACUCAGCAGUCUUUCCAUUUAUUUAUUUAUUGGUUUUGUUUAUUUUUUGAGCACCUGUCACACCUAGAUGCUGUCACACCAAAGAGGGUCUGUGACAGGCAAAUCUUGAAAUGCUGUGUGCACAUAAGAGGAAGAAGAUUUGUAGUAAUGAGUAAACAGAAUAGUGAACUUACAUGAUUUUGGUCUUAUAGCCAUUAAGACACCACCUACCCCUCUUUUGUCUCAGGGGGUAUUCAGACUGAACAGAUGUAGGUGUUCAUUUGAUUUUAUUGAUAAGCCCCAUGUGCUUUCUUUGGUUGUAUGUUUUAUGUUAAAACGUCACAUCACUGUGGUAAAAUGCAUAUUGUAUGUUGUUGAGUAUAUAAUUAACUGGUAUGCAUCCCAUGUAUAAAUUCUAAUUUCUGUAAAUAAAAAAUUAUGUUAACAUAUAUAACAGUUGUAAUUUAAUAAACUGACAUUGAAGGUUACAGAA